UUUUGGUUUGACUGGAUUGAUAAAGAAGAUGCCUGGGGUGGGGACCACGGUCACCAUUAUUCUAUAAUAUCAGUUCCUAUUCCACUUUCUUUCUCUAAACAUUCUAUAUUUUUGCCACAUUCUAUAUUUUUUGCCAUGAAAUAUUUGUCCUUUUCUGCUUUCCCUUUUGUUCAGACCUACACAAACUUCCCAUCAUCUCCCACUACUCUUUUCUGCUGCCAAUGUGGAAUUAAUCUCACUCCUCAACUAUGCAACUUUUUUCCUCACAUUAUCCAUCACUUCCUUCCACUCUAUGCAAUCUUCUUUCCUCAUCUCACACUUCUCACUUCUCACUUCUCAUUUAUAAUGCACACUCCACUUCCACCCUUCUUGCACAUAAUUCUUUCUUCUUCUUCUCUCUUACUCUCUCAAGGCUUUAGAAGCUAAAAGAGGAAAUAAAAAAAGUUUCCCACUUUCUGACACCAUCUUUGUGUCUGCUUUAGAAUGCAUGUCUUCCAGUUUAAAGCUUCACAUGAAACAUCAUAUUUGAGAAUCCACUUUGAUUGUUUUGUCUCUUUGAAGUUCCACUGGAGACAAACUCUAUUUCUUCUUUCUUCUUGAGAAUCUUCAGAUUCUUUCCAUGAACGAGUCUAAAAACAUCAUUCCUCCCCUAUUCAGAUGUCCCAUAAGUUUAGACUUGUUGGAAGAUCCUGUAACCUUGUGCACAGGCCAAACCUAUGACAGGUCAAACAUAGAAAAAUGGCUUGCUGCCGGUAACCUCACUUGUCCGGUCACAAUGCAAAAGCUUCACGAUCCAUCCAUUGUUCCCAACCACACUCUUCGCCACUUGAUCGAUCAGUGGCUUCAACUGGGUCCCUUAUUCGACCCUGCCAACCCUGAAACUUCAACUAUUGAAUCCUUAGCUUAUCUGAAGCGUACCCUUGAAUCCCAUGAAAGCAGCUUAAAAACCAAGCUCCAAGCACUCACCAAAAUCCGUCUUUUAUCUGAUGAGUAUUGCUCCUUUAACAAAUCAUGUUUCCUCCAAUUGAACUUCUUGCCACUGCUUCUUGAACUAGUUUUUGGAACUCAAGUAUCAAUAGAUCACAUGGACUUCAUAGAGUUGGCACUUUGUUGCAUUCAGAAAUUGCUGCCACUCGGUAGUUUGGAGCCUCUAAAUAUGAUCAAAGAUGGGUCUAAAUUAGCCAUGUUUGUGCUACUAAUUGAAAAGGGUACUAACUCAGUAAAGACUAGUUUGUGCCGUGUUAUAGAGUCAGCAUCAUGGUCAUCUGAGACAGAAGAUUUGUGCUAUAUUCUUGGAAAUUGUCCCAAACUAGUACACGAGAUUGUUGAAGUUGUUAACCAAAAUUAUGAAGUUUCUGGGGAUGCAAUUAAAGCCAUGUCAGCACUGUGUUCCUUGCAAUCCAAUAGAGAGAGUUUGGUGAGAGGAAGAGCAAUAGAAGGUAUGAUGAGAUACAUCUCAUCAGAAAGAAGAGAGCUGACCCCACUGGCAGUGAGAACAGUUGAGAAACUUAUGGGGCUGGAAAGUGCUAAAGUGGCAUUGGUGAACCACCCUAAUGGUGUUGUGACUUUGGUUAAUAUGGUUUUCAAGGUAUCUGAUCAAGAAUGCAGUGAGAGUGCUGUUGAGGUGCUUUUAGUUGUUUGUGGUGAAUUUGAGCGUGCAAGACAGACAGCCAUUGAAAGUGGAGUUUUGACUAGGUUGUUGUUGCUCCUGCAGAGUCAGAGUAGUAACACAACAAAAUCAAAGGCAAGAAUGCUACUCAAAUUGCUAAGAUCAGAGCCAAAGCAGAAAUAGGAUUGUCAAUAAUAAUAAUGUUAAUAACACAAGUAUGUUUGUGAUCAAAUGAUCAUAACAUUGAUGAAGACUAAAAAGUGUAUACGUAAGUGUUUCCUACAUGAAUUUAUGAAUUUCUGGUCUCCUUGUUCCCUGUGGUUGUAAUCUUUUUGAAUAAUAUGAGAAUAGUUGAAUCCCAUUAGGAGUUUAAAA